AUGCCUGCUUUAAUAGGAGGUUUUGGUAAUUUUUUAUUACCUUUAUUAGUAGGUGGACCUGACAUGGCAUUCCCUAGAUUAAAUAAUAUAAGUUUUUGAUUAUUACCUCCUAGCUUAAUAUUAUUAAUAUUUUCAGCAUGUAUAGAAGGUGGAGCAGGUACAGGUUGAACUAUCUACCCUCCAUUAUCUGGAAUACAAAGUCAUAGUGGUCCUAGUGUGGAUUUAGCUAUAUUUGCUCUUCAUUUAUCAGGGGUAAGUAGUUUAUUAGGUGCAAUUAACUUUAUAACUACAGUAAUUAAUAUGAGAACACCAGGUAUAAAAUUACAUAAAUUAUCUUUAUUUGGAUGAGCUGUUGUUAUAACAGCAGUUUUAUUAUUAUUAUCUUUACCUGUUUUAGCUGGUGGUAUUACUAUGGUUUUAACAGAUAGAAAUUUUAAUACUUCUUUCUUUGAAACAGCCGGAGGUGGUGAUCCUAUUUUAUUCCAACAUCUUUUCUGAUUUUUUGGUCACCCAGAGGUUAAAUUUGUAAGCCUCUUAAUAUCGCUAUAUGCUGGAAAAGCUUCGCUAUCUAGUUUUAAAUACUCCCUCUUAAUUGAUAUAGUAAAAAAGUUAAAACAAUGAAGUCAAUCAGCAGGUAACAUUCUUAAAUUUAAAAAUGAAACCUCAGAGACUAUACGCGAUAAUACUGAAAAUAUAAAAAAUAUAUCUAUUCAUGUUCCUGUACACUUAAAACCAUUAAAUGAUCAACAAUUUGGGCAUUAUUUAGCAGGUUUAAUAGAUGGAGAUGGACAUUUUAAUUCUAAACAACAAUUAGUAAUUGUAUUUAAUUCUCCAGAUAUUAAAUUAGCUUAUUAUAUUAAAGAAAUAAUAGGGUUUGGUCAUGUAAAUAAAGUUAAAAAUAAAAAUGCUUAUUUAUAUAUUAUAUCUAAUAAAGAAGGUAUAAUUAAAACAAUAAAUUUAAUUAACGGUAAAUUAAGAACUAUUAGUAAAUUUAAUCAAGUUAUUAAUAAUAUUUUAUCUAAUCCUAAAUAUUCAGAAGAAAAAUUAGAAUUUAAAAUUAAUGAUUCUAAUGAUUUUGAUAAUCACUGAAUAGCAGGAUUUUCUGAUGCAGAUGCUAGUUUUCAAAUUAAAAUUAUUAAUAGAGAUAAUAAACUUAAAUCUGAAAUUAGGUUGAACUUUCAAAUAGAUCAAAAAAAUAAUAAUAUAUUACUAUUAAUUAAAGAUCUAUUUGGUGGGAAUAUAGGUUAUCGUAAAAGUCAAGAUACUUAUUAUUACGGGUCAACUAGUUUCGGUUCAGCUAAAAAAGUAGUAAAUUAUUUUGAUAGAUUUCAUUUACAAUCUAGUAAACAUAUUAAUUAUUUAAAAUGAAGAAAAGCAUAUAUAAUAAUACAAAAUAAAGAUCAUUUAACAGAAACAGGAAUAGAAAAAAUAAAAAAAUUUAAAAAUUCAAUUAAUAGAUAUUCAGUAUAA